AUGUGGGUAACAUGGCAAAACCCAACCUGCAAGUCUGACAGCUUCAUCACCAUCGAGCUGUUACACUCUAUGUUCUCUCAGGACGACAGGGGCUCAGUGCGAUGCCCGUCGGAGCUGACCGGGCGUCACGAGCGCGUGAUGCCUUCAAUCCCCACCCCCUUCUCAGCCAACUGCGUCCCGGCGAUCUGGGAAAGACGUGGCGCGGCUGAGCCAAGCGCUAUGAAGGCGCUCGCCACGUUCACACAAGCGGCCUCAUUCGAAGAAAGACCCUCCGUGCUCAUCCUCCACGUCACAUCCUCGGAGGCUGACGAGCUGACAGGACAAAUUUCAACCGCGGCGCAGAAGAUCGGUGGGAGGCCCUUCGGGAAGUACUCGGCAUCAAAUGGACUAGGCCUUCCUCACAACUCGAACAGGUUGGAUGGAUCUCAAAAUAUCACUGAUCUCAACUCGGGCUUCUGGUACGGCGUCAACGUCACUCUUGGCACACAGGAGCUCACCCUGGUCCUCGACACUGGCAGCAGCGACACUUGGGUGUUUUCCAACGGCACCAAUUGCAUAGGGAUCACGGGUCCCGACGGAAAGCCUAUAGGCGAUAGGAUGUGCACAUUUGGCCCCAGGUACCAGGGUGACUUCCCGCGGGGGCCGUGGGAGCAUGCGUACUUCAGCACCGACUACUGGAGGAACCAGACCGUCAACGGAACCCUCGGCGAGAUGGACGUGACGGUGGGCGGCGUGCACGUCACGAACCAGACCGUCGGGCUCGCCGACAGCGCGACGUGGUGGCUCGGCAGCGGGCGUAGCUCCGGGGUACUGGGCCUCGCGUACCCGGGGCUCACAAAGGCUUUCUUCGACCUUGACGGCCCUGGCAAUCUAUCCUUCCAGGCCACAUACUCGCCUGUCGUCUCCACCAUGAUGGGCGAGGGUCUUACGGAAGGGUUCUUCAGCCUUGCACUCAACAGGCCUGGGAGCUCUGAGACAGCAGGGGUGAUUGCUUUCGGUGGGGUUCCAGAUGAUCUGGAAGGCAUUGAAUGGGGCAGACACGCGCGGACAGACAUUAUUAUCGCAAACGUCGAUGGUGUAGAUAGUUCGGCGUCCGAAUAUUCGUUUUACACAAUCAUUGCUGACGGCUGGUAUUUCGACGGUGCCACUGAUGAGAGAAGGUUUGAAUAUAUCGUCGACAGCGAUACACCCUUGAACAUCCUACCGUUUGAAGUCGUGGACGGGAUCGCGGAAGCCUUCGACCCACCGGCUGAGUACAGCGACAGGUUCGGCUUUUGGGUGGUCGACUGCGAUGCCAUCAUCCCAGAGGUGGCCGUCGUUAUCAACGGCACGUCCUUUUAUCUCAAUGCUGCAGACCUUGUGCUUGACGCAGCCAAGGGAAUCCACGACCCGUGCUUCAUCGCCUUCAAUGACGGCAGCCCGGACGGACCUUAUGUCCUUGGGAGUGUCUUCCUCAAAAAUGUCUUGGCCGUGUUUGAUGUCGAGAAUGCGGUGAUGGAGUUUGCGGGCCGCGAGUUCUACUAA